UCGGUGCUGCCAUCGAUGUUUUGACAGCUCUAAUUCGUAUCGUAUACAGAAUAUUGGCAAAGAAAAUCUCGGUUUAGAUGCUUCUCCAAAGGCCUGUAAAGGAUUGCUCGGACGCCCAGUAAACCUAUUCCUUGGCAGAGGCCAAAGCCAACGCCCAGACAUGUCCAGUUCUAACGGAGGCGUGGCGUCGGGGGGCGCUGGAAGCAGCAGCGGAGGAAGCGUCGCUUCGCCUGGCGAUUGGAUUUGCCCAGAUUACGACUGUCGCCAUCUGAAUUUCGCCCGCCGUUUGCAGUGUAAUAAAUGCGAUCGCGACCGUGAUGGUAGUGAUAAGCCGGAGCGGGAUAGGGAUCGAGAGCGGGACCGAGAACGGGAUCGUGGCAACGGGAGCAGCAGCAGUAGCAGCAGCUCCAGCAAGAAGAAGCUGGGCACAGAGAUUGGCAAGGCGGCGGCGGACAAGUCGCGGGGUUUGUUCAGCGCCGAGGAUUGGCAAUGCAGCAAAUGUGCCAACGUGAAUUGGGCCCGUCGCCAGACCUGCAAUAUGUGCAAUGCGCCCAAGUUCUCCGACGUUGAAGAGCGGACUGGAUUUGGCGGUGGCUAUAACGACCGCGGUGUGGUGGAGUACAAGGAUCGCCAGGAUUCGGACAGCGAGUACGAUGAGUUUGGAAGGCGAAAGAAGCGGAAGCACGGCGAGCAUCGAGAAGACUCCAAGCGGGCCAGGAGGUCAAGUCGAGAUGAGGAACGUAACGAGGAAGAAGAGGAUGACGAUGACGAUGAGGGAGGCGACGAGGAUUUGUCCAAGUACGAUCUCUGGGGCGACGAGGAGGUCACUUCCACUGAUGGCAAAAGUAAAGAGGCCUCUGGCAAUGGCGAAAAAGAGCGCAAGCGUGCUUCUCGCGACUCCACUUCUUCCGUGUCCUCCUCGUCGUCGUCCAGUUCGUCCAGCUCUAGUGACUCGUCGUCAAGCAGCUCCAGUAGCUCCAGCAGUGAAGGAAAGCGAAAAAACAGUUCGCCAUGCAGACGUUAACUGCAAUCCAUACCCUUUAAGAUUUUCUCUCUUAUCGCAUCUGUUUUCACACAUUUAUUAAUGGCAAAUCAACCUUGCCUGCUUAUUUAUUUACCAGUCUGCGCUGCUAUCGAUCAUGACAUUGCGGUACGAUGUCCCGUCUACUCUAAAAGUAAAAUAAAACUUAUCAUUUAAGAACAUCAGCAUUUACAUUUAUUGUAAGACUCCGUUACAUUAAAGAAUCGGGCCUAAUUAAA